GGGAACACAUGGUAGGUCAGAGGUCAAAGUACGUAGAAACUAUUGGAGGUCAAGAAGGAGCCGAGGUCAAGAGCGAAGUACUGCAGAAUGAAGAGUUUAAAAUUUCAUGUUUUGUAAGACGUUCCUUCUAGUAUACUGAAAACUUUUACAGAAGCGAUAUGCUACAGAUUGUCAGAAUACAAUGCAGAAAAAUGAGCACGCAGGCUCGACUGCUGGUGAGUCCAGCCACAGCCCUGGUUGAUGACAAGGUGGACAUCACCGUGGAGAGACUGGCUCCCAGACAACCGGUCACCUUACAUGCACGACUGUCGGAGGGGACCGCCCGCUUCCAGUCAUACGCACAUUACAGGGCUGACGACACAGGAAGGGUUGUGGUGGCCAAACAGCCUUCACUGGGAGGGCUGUAUACUGAUGUUGACCAGAUGGGUCUGUUCUGGAGCAUGCAGCCCUCACCUGGUCAGAGACCCGGACUCCGUCUCAGGAAGAAAGACGUCUCCACACCAUUCCUGGUAGAUGUGCGGGUGCAUGAAGGCCAUGUGGAUGUGAUGGGAGAAGAGAACCUGCCCUGGCUGGCGACUACAACUGUGGAGAGAUGGUACCUGGGACACGGAGUGAAGAGGGUACCGGUGAGAGAAGGGCGUGUCCGAGGGACGCUGUUUCUACCUCCGGGUGACGGUCCUUUUGCUGCAGUCAUCGACAUGUUUGGGUCCACCGGAGGUUUGGCGGAGUACCGUGCGGCACUGCUGGCAUCACGAGGUUUCGCUGUACUGCGCGCCCUGGCCUUCUUUGCCUAUGAUGACCUUCCAAAAGAAAUGGUCAACGUUGACCUUCAUUAUUUUGAGGAAGCAGCCGACUGGCUACUUAGUCUUCCCAAUGUCCAGAGCCACGGGGUGGGCGUUGUGGCCACCUCCAAGGGAGUAGAGAUAGCUCUGUCUAUGGCAGCACACAUGGACAAGGUUGCUGCUGCAGUAGGCAUCAGUGGCUACACGGCUGUAACUGCUGCUCCACUGCGCUACAAGGACACAGUCUUCCCCUGUGCACCAUGGGUGCCUGAAGGACUUGUUUUUACGGAAGAGGGGUAUGUCGACGUAAGAAAUGUGUUGGAUACCACCAAAGAACCAGGUAUAAAGGCAUAUGUUCAGGUGGAGAAAGCACAGUGUCCCAUUAUGUUUGUGGCAGGGGAGGAUGAUCUCAGCACAAAAGCAGUUUUCUUUGCGAAUCAGGCCAUUGGUAGAAUGAAGGCUCAUGGGAAGACGAACUACACCCUGCUGCAGUACCCAAAGGCAGGUCACCUGAUCGAGCCUCCAUACAUGCCUCACUGUGCUCUGUAUUAUCACAGAGUUUUCGACUGGUGUAUGCUUGCUGGUGGGGAGCCUAGAAGCCAUGCCGCAGCCCAGGAGGACUCUUGGCACAAGAUCCUCAGUUUCUUCAGGACACAUGUAGACAAAAAUAAUACACAAAGCAGACUCUGAUUCUUCCUCUAAUUUUUAACUACAUGAAUUUGCGCAAAAUAAUAUUGUGCCUUUUAUAUAAGUGUGAUUUAUAUAAGUGUACCCUGGUGAACUUGUAUAUAGCUGUCAGUUUGUUACCUUUGUCAGAGAAGAUUAUGUUUCCCAAGCAUUUGUGUGCACAUGCUGGCAAAUGCUCCCAGAAACGUAAUCUUGUUACAUCAUGAUACUGUAACAUAACUGUAUUUUCUUGAUUAAUGUAUGCACUUUUUAGAUUUUUUUCAAAACUUGGUCACAAAGCGUGGCCACAGUUGGCUUGCGUACUUUACUGCCCGCACCCAAACAAAAUCUGCAAAAAUGUUAAAGA